AUGGUAAAAAUUGGCACACGGCACAAGUCGGAGCGCCAGAACCAGCAAACGACAGCGACACGAGAAACAGCAUCGACAAACAACCGAAGCAUCAGCAACAACAACAGAGCAUCAUCGGACAGUGAGGUAGCACAGGGCGCCGGGGGCGCCUGGGCGAGGGAAAAAUGUCACUUUCACGAGGGCGUGGACGUGGACCAGUUGGCGCGCUACCGGCGCAGGCGGAUCGAGGUGCCCCGGGCCAAGCAUGGACUGGACAUUGGGAUUACACCACAGUUGGAGGAGGAGGAAGAGCAGAAACGGAAAGAGGACGAGAAGGAAAAGGAAAUAAAGGAGGACGAGGACGAGAAAGUGAGGAGACGGGUUACCGAGUAUAGGCUCGCCUUCAGGGCCACGAGCACCGAUGAUGUCUUCCGGGCUAGUCGGGAAACUACGCCGAGACCAAAGAGUCAACUCGACAACGUAGACAACUAUUCUUCAGUGGAUCCACGGGCUUCCUACAACGCACCGUUGACCAGCGAGACAACCGAGCCAGCAAAUGCCGAUCAAGAGGACAACGGGGCCUCGCACUUUGCAUCCCAAAAAUCUCAAACUAGACUCGAUUUCGACAAAAUCGCCGAAAUGGGCUCCGACGUUUACAAAAGACAAGCGCCCAUAAGACGUCCCACGACUCUGCGGUACGAGGGUGACUUCUACUCGGGCACGGAGUACUCGACGCUGUUCGUCACCUACCCGGGUAACCACCGUUCCGAGCUCCGGCGUAGAGGGACGUCACUGCGAAUGGAAGGGGAUUUCGAGGGGCGCACCGAAAAUAACGACUCGUUCAGAGAGUGGCCCGUGACCCGGCGUCCGCGGCCCGAUCGUGGGACGCGCUUGAGCUCGAGUUUGAGGCUCGAGGGCGAUGUCGAGGCCAGGACCGAGUGCAAGGCGCAGUACGUGCCGUUCGUGGGCGCGAGGAGACCGGAGCUGCUCAAACGCUCGUCCCAGCUGAGGAUCGAGGGUGACGAUAGAUCCUGGACGCCCGAGUACGCCGAUCUCUUCAGGGGAUUCGAUUUUUUUGAUCGUCCAAAACGGAAAAUGCCGGUACCGAACCUACGGCCGGACGGCGGGUUUUACGAUCAAACGGAGUCCAAGACAUUUUUCACUGACCCGCGAGUCAAGGAAAUCGAGCUGAUGAAGGAGAUGCCGAAGAAACGGGCCAACGACGAGGAAGACCAAGAGGAGGAGGAGGAGGAAAGGGCUCGACUGAAGAAGGAGAGCGAAAUGAGGAUGCUGGUGUCGAAACUCGAGGACCUCAAAGGACCGCAGCUCGAGAUACCGGAGUACAAGGCCGCGUACAAGGAAUUCCCGCGCGAGCGAGCAAAACUAGCCAAGCCGGGCAACGAGAUCGGCCUGUCGGACGGCAGCAAGGUGCCGAACCUGUCGCCCCGGCACUUUACGAGUAAAAUCGACCAGGACCCCGAGUACAAGUCCAUGUACGUCGAGCACCGGCCCCGGGAGCCACCACCCCGAGGGCUACCCUCCCGACGACCCUCGGCUUCGUCCUCCUCGGUGAACAACAGCCCGUUCGGCUUUCACUAUAACCGCAGAUCCCGUUUCGGCGAGCCAGCGCGGCAGCAACCCUUGACGGAGAUACGCUCGCAGUACGUCGAUUAUGGCCCGGUGCCCCGCACGGAGACCUUGCGCGCGCCGGCCAAUCUGAGACUCGAAGGUAACCUUGACAUGGAACCCGAGUAUCGGACGGCUUUUCGCGACCACCGCAGCAGCAAUCCCAUCCAAGUGGCACCAGCACCGUCUCGACGUCGUAGCGAUCGGAGUCUGAGCGCCAGUCGUCGUACCACCAAUGGAAGUACCAAAAUCAUCAACAAUAAUAACAAUAGCAAUGGUAACAACAACAACAAUUAUUGGAUCGACAACGACAACGGGGAUCGCUUUGGUUCCGUUAACGCUGGUGAUCAGCAGGACGCGUUCCAAGUCUUGCACACUAGACUGCACGAGGAGAGCGUCGUUGGCAAGCCACCUCCGUCCAACAGAAGGAACUCCCGAUCGUCGCUGGCACGAGGCUCCCUAGACUCCGAGCGGCCUCGCGUACGCAAUCGUUCGCCCAGCCCCAUGUAUUCUCGAUUGCAACAACCGCCGUCGAUCCGAACCGACGAAGACGAAGAGCCGAUGCUUGCCCGGAAUUUCCCUCGGCGCCGCAGUCGUAGGCUCUCGCCGAGCCUCCUCGUGCACCCGUCCAACAACCGCAGUCCUUCGCCCAUCGUCCAAAAGUCAACCGAACGAGCCUACUCGCCGAGUUUUGCUAAAGAGCCAUCGGUGUCUUCUCGAGCCCAGCAGGCCUUCGUCGUCCUGGAGGAUCUAGACGACGGGCCGGUGCGGCAUCGAACGAUCGAUCGAAGCUACGACGCCCCUAGGCCGAGCAACGGGACUGCCAACAACAUCAACAUUAAUAAUAAUACUAACGUUGGCGCGCCCUUAUCCGGUAUGACGCGAAACAGAUCUCCGUCCAAUUGGAUGCCGCCGUGGUACGACAGCAGCACCAGUACCAUUUGA